AUGGAAGCGGACUGGGAUGAAGUGUCGCGGAUCGUGGUGCCGCCUCCGGGGCCGCACUUGAUGCCCACCGUAGCUACGGCGGUUGCAUUCGACGAUACGCAAGAGCUGCUAUGGACCGGUAACGAGUUUGGCCGCGUGACGUCCUUCCAUGGUCCAGAAUUAACACGGUAUACGUCCGUCAAAGCCCAUCCGGCCUCUGAAGGGCCGGUUCGACAGCUCCUCUUCCACGAUAAGGGGGUGAUUUCGCUAUCGUCUAAAAGCGUGCAUCUGACUUCACGCCGCGGCCUGACGCAAUGGCAUCUAUCCGUUCCGGAAAUGGUAGACCUACGCUGCAUGAGCUUCACUACGCAUCCAUCCCGUCUCAUCGUCGCAGGGUGUCAGGCCACGAUGCUCAUUCUAGAUCUGGACAAGGGCACAGUGGUAGAGAAGUUACCCGCUGCAGCAAACUAUACCAUUAUGAAGAAGUCUCGACAUCUUUGCGCUGCUACGGAUGCAGGGUCGGUCCACGUACUUAGUUUGACGGAUUACAGUCUUCUGAAGAGUUGGAAGGCUCAUGGCGCGGUUAUCAAUGAUAUGGAUGCGCGCAACGACUUUUUGGUUACAUGCGGCUUUUCAGUACGGCAUAUUGGAACGCCCAUCGUCGACCCGCUUGCAAACGUGUAUGAUCUGAAAUCACUCACCCCGCUCUCUCCCGUCCCCUUUCAUGCCGGAGCAGCGUAUGUCCGCAUGCAUCCUAGACUACAAACAACAAGCUUCAUCGCGUCACAGUCCGGCCAGCUACAAGUUGUUGACCUCAUGAAUCCGAACUCUAUCAGUCUUCGCCAGGCAAACGUCAGCUUCAUGCUGGGCAUGGAGAUCUCACCAUCCGGCGAAGCCCUAGCCGUCAACGAUGCAGAAUGCUCAGUUCAUCUCUGGGGCUCUCCUGCAAAAAUCCACUUCAAUGAAAUGAGCAAGGAAACUGAAUUCCCUGCCGUCACUACUCGACCACCAAUUCUAGAUUGGUCCUCUGAUACCCCGCUGAACGUAGUCGGCAUGCCGUAUUACCACGACCGUCUGCUUUCAGCUUGGCCCAGCCAUCUUGUUUUCGAGAUAGGAAGUAUUCCUAAACAAGUUGAUCCGGCCAUUCUUCCGUACUUACAUCCGAGUGAUAUGGGCCAAUAUGCCCCAAACCCACGCAAGACUCAUAGAUAUCAGGUGGAAAAUACCCGGUGUCAACCUACGACGGAGACUGCGCUUGCAGCUCCCAAGUUCCUAAGUGAAAAGGCUAGGCAACAUACCAAGUCGAAGUCUCUUGGUGAUAAAGACUCGUUGGAGGAAUUGGAUGGCCUUAAGAUCAAUGGGGAGUCAGAAAAUGAUCCCUUACUGAAAUAUAGUAAUGUCGAAAUCAAAUAUAGCAAGUUCGGCGUUGACGACUUUGAUUUCAGGUACUACAACAAAACAAACUUCUCCGGUCUAGAAACACACAUCUCCAACUCAUUCAUAAAUGCACUCCUCCAACUCUUCAAAUUCAUCCCACUCGCCAAAAACCUCGCUCUUCAUCAUGCCGCGACAAACUGCAUCUACGAGACCUGUCUGCUCUGCGAAAUGGGAUUUCUCUUCGACAUGCUAGACAAGGCAAACGGGCAAAGCUGCCAAGCAACCAACUUACUCAAAACAUUCAGCGGGUUCAGAGAAGCAGCUAAUCUCGGCCUGUUGGAAGAAAACCUCAGCAAUAAAUCUCUUGCUUCCACCAUCCAAUCCGUCAAUCGAUUCUUUUUAAACCAGAUAUCCAACGACUACAGACUUCUAUACCCAAGCUCCGAUCAAUUAGACCAAGUUCUCGCCACUUCCGCCUUAGAGUCAGUUCGAUGCAUGUACUGUCGUAACGAAAUAGUUCGAGCAGGAAACACCUUUGUAAGCGAACUAGUAUAUCCCGCCGUCGACAUGAAGCAAGCAGCACGUAACCCUGCAUGUCGAUUCUCCAACGUUCUUCGCGCCAGUAUCGAGCGCGAAGCCCAAAACCGUGGCUGGUGCAGCACCUGCAGACGAUACCAGCAAGUUGCCAUUAGGAAAACAGUCGAGAGAAUGCCGAUGGUGCUCAUGAUUAAUGCAGCUAUAAAUAACCCCGUCUGUAGACAGUUCUGGUCUAUACCAGGCUGGCUGCCUGAGGAAGUCGGAAUUAUCGCCGAUGGUAAACAGAUGCGAUGUUUCGAAGGUGCAGAGCUACAGGUGCAGAAACGUGAAAAGACACCUAAUUUACUGAUAUACCAGCUUGUUGGGUUGGUGGCGGAGAUUGAUAUCGUGGAGCAAAAGAAGCCUCAUCUGGUAUCUUUCAUUGACGUGGCUAUCUCUGCGACUACGCAGGCUGAAGAGAGCAAAUGGCAUCUUUUCAAUGACUUCCUUGUCACUGAAGUCGAUAAGAAUGAAGUGUUAUCAUUCAAGCAGCCGUGGAAACAACCGUGUGUGUUGUCCUACCAAAUAUCAACUGCUAGACACGGAGUUGAUGACUCGUGGAAGAAUGCCUUGGAUACCACUCUCCUUUUCUACGAGUGGUCUAUGAACAACUGUCGCCCAAUCGAGUCGUGUCAGGUGUUGAAACCGGAUGAGAAACCUACCCCAGGAACUGCUAUUGCUCUGGACACAGAGUUUGUAGACUUGGAAAAAGCAGAAAUCGAAGUCAAGGCUGACGGAACACACGAGAUGAUUCGACCCAGUAAGAGUGGUCUCGCUCGUGUUUCUGUUAUCAGGGGUAAUGGUACCCUUGAAAGCUCCCCAUUUAUCGACGAUUAUAUCACCAUCAAAGACUCCAUUGUCGACUACGUCACUCAAUAUUCUGGUAUCAAACCUGGAGACCUAGACCCGCGAUCAAGUACACACAAUCUUGUUCCGCUUAAGGUAGCGUAUAAAAAGCUAUGGCUACUGCUCAACCUAGGUUGUGUCUUCGUUGGCCACGGACUUACGUCUGAUUUCCGGAAAAUCAACAUCCAAGUCCCCAAGGCCCAAACAAUCGAUACCCAAUAUCUAUUCUUCCACCCUUCUAAAAAUCGCCGACUGAGUCUCCGAUAUCUUGCCUGGGCUGUGUUUAAAGAAUACAUCCAGGAGGAAAACCCCAGUCCUUCCCCCAAGACGUCAGCAGCAACUCCUGAUAUCCCUACAUCAAACCCAACUUCAGCUCCUGCCACAGCUACAGCAGAAGGCCACGAUUCCAUUGAAGACGCACGUAUGGCGCUGCGACUAUGGAAGAAAUUCCAAGAAUACGAAGAUGCAGGUAUCGUCAACCAAAUGCUUGAAGAAAUCUUCCGUGAAGGCGUAAAGCAUGGAUUCCGUCCUCCUCCCCGUCAUCAACCACAGUCAUCUGGAGCCUCCGCAUACCAACCCUCAAGCUCCGGACUGGCAGUGUAUAACCAUAAAGUAUCUGGACCAGUCACUGCAGCCUCGUUAUCUUCUCCUCCAAGCGGACGGAAUACACCAGACACAGGGCCAGGAGGGGGUGCCUUGGGUACAAACGGUGGUGUAGGCGAUAACCCGCCCACAACUCCACGUCAGAUGUUCCGACGAUCUACCGCGUUGACUCCGACGAGUAGCAGUUACUCAGGGGGUGUUGGAAAGUAUCCCAUGUUUGGAGGGAGCCCCAUGCGUUAA